AUGGUGGCGGGCGAAUGGGGCUAUGCGCCGGUGUCGGCCACCCCCGCCAUGAACGCCUUCUUGGAGACCAACCAUGCGCACCUCGCGACCUACGGGCUGAGGGUGUCGCCCCAGCCGGGAUGUGGCGUCGGACCACAACCCCGGGCCGCUGCGCCGCAUCCUCCUCCGCACCACCCACCGCACUACCAGCCGUACCCUCUCCACUCCUACCAGACGGGUUACCUACGAGACUACGGUGGUUGUGGCGAACUCUUCCCCCAACAACCAAUAGAACAGAGUUGGGAUUGGCGAGGCGACGUACACUAUCAAGGCGGAGCACCGCCGCUCGUCCCUCACGCGCACGCACAUGCACCGCACGCCUUCCUACGAUAUGUACGAGCCCCACCGCGUCGUGAUAUGAGAUGUCAGUGGCUAGAUCCAGAACAGCCACCACCUAGAAAACUAUGUAACAAAUUAUUUUCGAGCAUGCAUGAAAUUGUGACACAUUUAACGGUGGAGCAUGUCGGUGGACCAGAGUGUACGACACACGCGUGCUUUUGGCAAGGAUGCUCUAGGAAUGGAAGGCCUUUUAAAGCCAAAUACAAACUUGUGAACCAUAUACGCGUGCAUACCGGGGAGAAACCAUUUCCUUGUCCUUUUCCUGGUUGCGGUAAAGUGUUUGCAAGAUCAGAAAACCUCAAAAUACAUAAGAGAACCCAUACAGGUGAAAAACCAUUCAAAUGUGAGUACGCAGGCUGCGACCGCCGAUUUGCCAAUUCUUCCGAUAGGAAGAAGCAUUCGCACGUGCACACAUCAGAUAAGCCUUACAACUGCCGCGUGCACGGCUGCGACAAGUCGUACACGCACCCUUCAUCUCUACGUAAGCAUAUGAAGGUGCAUGGUGCUGCUGGUGACGCGUCUCCGCGCUACGAUAGUGAUGGGGACGAUUCCUCCUCGGCCGGAAGUGUCAGUGUGACGGCCGGCGCGGCCAGUCCACCCGCCCCCGUCCCACCCCCGCCCUCAUUGGCGCCGGCGCCUCCUCACCACACGCAACACCACCCAACAAUAACGGACAAACUUGAAAGUCUUAACGAUAAGUACCUUAACCCACACGACCAAAAAUCCUAUGAAAGACCUCCCGUACCACCACACCAUAACCAGCCUCCUCCCCCACAUCUUACGAACAUAGGCGGUAACGUCAUGGAUAAUAAGAUUGGAUUCGGGGGACACUGGAGCCAGUACCAGCAGCCGGCUCCCUCUGUACCGCACGGCGUGCCGGACUGGUGGUGUCCCUCGCAGGAGUCCUACCACCACCAUCACUUGAUGCAUCACUCCGGCGCCGCCGCCGCCUAC